CUGGAAGGUGGCGGUAUUGCACAUUAAGUUGUUUGCCAGCCGCCAUAAAAUAGAAGAAGAAGCCGUAUUUUUUUUAUUUUUUUUUUGAAGCAGGAAGUCAGGCUUCUGGGAAAUACAACAGUUGCGAUUAUAACAGUUUCUAUUAAGGGAUAAGCUAGCUGUUAAGUUGUUAGGUAAACCUUUCCACCAAUGUAUUGGUUGAACGUAGACUGUAUAAAGAAUGGAAAGGGUAAGAGAUGUUUCAGAUAAUGGGUUUGCGGUAAACUAAAGUUAGUGUAAAAAGCUAUGUGGCUAACAAUUCAUAUUUACCCUGAUAAUUUAUUUAGCUGUGCUUUACUGACAUGGAAAGCAGCUGAACAUUAAACCUAUACGGCCAUUUUGUGUGGCUUAAUAAACUAAUUUGUAGUAGUUUCCGCCCAUUUUUACUUGGGUAUCAGUAAUUUUUUGCCAGUGAGCUUUGAAGUUUAAUUUCAAUUUUCCUCUCGUUCAGCGUUAGAGCCACUAUAAAUUUUAACACAGUCGCCACAAUGACAGAGACGAUUCAGUCUUUUCAGUCCCAGCUUUCGGGAGUGAUGGAAACGGUGUUCAAGGCUGCCAUCUAUGAGAUCACACGGCUGGUGGAGGAGAGCUUUGUAGAGGAAGUGCUGCGGUGUAGGGAGCAGGUGGAAUCCCUGGAGAAGAGGCUGAAGUCGGCAGAGAGCCGCCGGAAAGAUAGGCAAGACAACGGGAAGGAGAUGUGUGUUGACUGCGGGAGAGCCAGAACGACUGGAGAAAACAAAAGCCUGACAGACAAAAGCUUGAAGCAGGAGAGAGUGACACAAGAAGAGGCACAGAGUUACCAAGGCACUGUUGGAAAGAGACUAAGUAAAAACGCUGAAAAGGCUACGCAAGAGACGAGCAGUGAGGCUCAGGGUGCAUGUGUACAACAGGAUACAUGUGAGAGACAACUCAAAGAAGAAACUCCUCAGAGCAUCCAGCCAGAAAACGAGGAAUCCCACGGGUGGAGUGUCAGCAAAGAAGAGACAAGUCUACCAGGACCAAGUAAGCAUUUCAGUGAGCAGAAUAACCCAGCUUGCCAUGUGAACUGGGAACCUGGCUUUGACCAGAGACCGGAGUUGAGCCAAGACAGACAAUCGGAGGUCCUCUCUGAAUCAAAUUUCCAGAACAGGUACGUCUUGAAUGACUUGGGUAGCUUUGGCAAACCUGGAUAUGGAGAGAUGGAUAACUAUGAUGGGCUACAGGGUUCUCCAACCCAUCUACCUGACGGCCUUAGUUAUAUGGAUCAAUUUAACGAGAAUAGGAAAAACCCUGAAGGAGCUGAGCACCAGUGUUACACAGCAGGGUCUCCACAGAAUAGAGGAACUGAGGAGAGCUCCCCUGUUAGGACUAACAGUGAUGUGAGCGGGGAAUUCAGCGGGUUGCUUAUUGAUGAGGAAGGAUAUCUGCAGGAGCCAAAUAUCAGAUACUCCGAUCAGAUAUCUGGUGAUUUGGGCAGCAGAAUGAGCUUUCGAGGACAGGAAGUUCAGUUCCCCAAUGCGUCAUAUGAAUCCUCGGCUUCAUACAAUGACACUUUAAACUUGCAACAAAGAUUAAGUCAUCAAAAUUCAGAAAAUGAAGCAAGGAGCAGCACCCACAACCAUUGUUUUACUACGUUACCUAAUUCAGUUACUUUUAAGCCCCACAAACAGUCCCAUAAAGGUACAGGACAAGGAUCCUCAUACAUCUGCAACCAGUGUGGGAAGACCUUCACUCAAGCCUGUAAUCUGAAAGUCCAUCAGAGGAUCCACUUUGGGCAGGGCCUCCAUCUGUGCAGCCACUGUGGAAAAGGAUUCCCAUCCUUUGCCAACUUAAAAACUCACAAAUGUGGUCAAACAGGCAACAAACCUUAUUGCUGCGCUGUAUGUGGGAACAAGUUUAGCCGCCUUUGGAACCUGAAGCUGCACCAAAGGAUUCACACACAGGAAAAACCUCACCAGUGCAGCAUGUGUGAUAAGAGCUUCACUAGGGCAGACAUCCUGAAAGUGCACCAGCGCACCCACACAGGGGAAAGACCAUACUGCUGCGCCAUUUGCGGCCACAGCUUCAAACGCCUGGACCACCUCAAGUCACAUCAGCGCAAACAUGUGACAAACCUAUACAGACCCCAGUCUGUGGGGGUUGGCAAAAAUCCCUCACGGGUCAUCUCUCUCAGCACUGACUCCUUCUAUGUACUAAGCCCACUGCUCUUCACCCUGAUGAACAAUGACUGCUAUGCCAGAACAACAAUGAACUGGCUUGCUGAGAGGAGGACAGACUCGCAGGGUGUCAGGACACAGUGGACCAUGUCGGACCUGGACACCCUCAUCGUGACCUUUCAGAGCCAGCUCUCCGAUGUGAUGGAGGCUGUAGUGAAGACGGCGAUGUUUGAGGUGACCAGGCUGGUGGAGGAUGUCUUCAUGAUGGAGGUGAGGCGCAGCAAACUGGAGGUGGACUCGCUGAGGCUGCAGCUGCAGUGGACUGGGAGCAAACACGGCGGGGAUGCAGAAAGGACCGACGGGUCUGUUGAGUUGGAGAGCAAUGAGGCAGAUCAGAGUCCUGUCGUGGUAAAAGCAAAAGCAGAGGAGCAUGACACAAUGAGUGACUGCGAGGUGAAGAAUCCAGAUGGUGCAGUAGAACAUUGGUUGUCAAAUGGCAGGGAAGAAUCCAAGACGGAGUCAGCAGACAAUCCAGAACCGAUCCAGAGCCCUGGAAGAGAGUCUAAGGUCGCAGGAGAAAAGGAAAUCAUGGCAUCUAUGGAAAUGAAAGAAGAAGAACUAAACAAACUGGCCUCUUGUUCUCGGCAUUUGAGAGAGUGUAGCAGUACUUCUGCUCGUGAAGCUGAACCAGAGAAUGCAGGUGACUUGGUUGAGGCACAGCCGACACCAGCCCAAACAUACAGUGAAGAGCUGCAGAGAAAUGUCAUUAAGAGAGACCCACACAUGUCCACUGAUUGUGCGUAUCCCGAGAUCCAGGACGAAACAGAAGUGGCGGCGGACCAGACCGAUGUUCUAGCUUUUGAACUUAAUUCCAAGUGGGCUGACUUGGCUGCCACAGCAGCUGGGCUCCAGCAGAAUCACAAACUUGGCACAGAACCUGAGUUUCCAUGCCCACCUAAAGGUUCAGUGAAUUAUCUGGAGCAUGAGCUUUCUGGCUCUGCCAGAGCAGAUGCUCAGUUUACCUCAGUCAGAGAUCAGGUUUCCUGUUCGGAAUCUCCCAAAGCCAGACUGCGAGCCAACAACACGCCAAGCGUGAUUGUUAAAGAAGAAGUCCUUAUCGAUUCUGAUGGGUUUACAGAAGGGGCGAGUACAGAAAAGAAAGCUGAGAUGCAAUCAUUCACCGGUUCGUUACAGAAACAAAGAAUGAACUCGGCACAUAAACCAAAUCACUUUCACCACAGAUCCUCAGCACAGGAGGCAGUGAAGCUCCAGUCUCAUAGGGGUUCAGGACUCAGGCUACAGGCAGCCAUACAACACCUCCACCGACCACUGAAGAAGUCUCCACAGAGACUAUCAAACAUGACAACAGCAGCGCUCUCCGACCCUCGCUCUCAGGUUGCACCUUUAAAUAACCCUAACAGGAUUUCCCCCACAUCCAAAGCCGCUUCAUCUUUGCAGCCACUGCAGCGCGUUCACCUGGGUGACAAACAGACCGUAGCUCUGCACCGCGCCAGUGCCUCUUGGGUCAGCAUCAAAUCCCACAAUCACCCUGCAAACUGCCAUCAGUCGCCCCGCAACCCCGCCUCCCUUCCUGACUCUCCGCUUUACAGGCCCUUCCUGCGCUGCGAGGAGUGUGACAAGAGCUUUCCACAUCCCAGCAACCUGAAAGCCCACAUGCAGAUUCACACAGGCGAACGGCCUUUUUGCUGCCCGCUCUGCGGCCGCAGCUUCACCAAGCUCAGCAACCUCAAAGCCCACCGGCGCGUCCACACAGGUGAGAGACCUUACUGCUGCUUGGCAUGCGGCAAACGCUUCACCCAGAAAUGCAACCUGAAACGCCACCAGAGGAUCCAUCUGGACGUUUGACCUCAGAGAUCUGAAGGAAAAAGAAAAUUCAUGAGUGUUUGUGUUUUAGCUUAAGACGGUCAGGGCUCAUGUUGCAGUGCAGCACAGUUGGUGGGCUGCAUCAUGAGACUACAUCUCUAGAUUUGGUUAGUUCUGUGCAUUCCUAUGAAGCUCACCUGUUAACCUCUACAGGUGUGCUGGGCUCACUGUAGGAUGACAAACACUGUGUGUGGUGUGUGUUUCAUAUUGUUAGAUGAACCAGCUAAUAGUCAUACCAGAAGUUAAAUGUUUAGAGUUAUUUCUUAUGUGGACUGAAAGUUUUUUAUAAAGGUACAGUGCCAUGAAAAAGUGUUUGCCCCCUUAAAGAUUUUUGCUAUGAAGCAGCAGUUUCAUGUUUCAAAUCAACUUUAAUAUCAGACUAAAACCAAUAGAAAGCAACCUUAUCCUGGGUUGAUUUGAUUUAAUAGUCCCAACUUAGUCCUAAUUCCUCAGUCCCAACUGAGGAAUUACCUAUAUUUUUGAUGAGUGAUAGACAUCAACAAUCAAGAUAAUCAAUUAAAUAAAACUUGUCUGAUAACAUGAAAUCAUUUCUUGGAUUUCAAAAAGCAACACAUUUUGUCUAAACAAACUUGGCAGAUGAGAAAUGGUACUCAACAGCCUGGAAAGGGUUACCAAGUCAUUUCUAGAGUUUUGGGAGUCCAGUGAAACAAAAUUCAGUCUUGAUCCACACAAAGCGAGAAAAUGUGGAAUAGUAGUGAACUUUCCCAGAUAUAGUCGGUCUACCAAUA